AUGGACCUCACCCAACUUUCGGGGCGAGGCACGGAUCGCGCGCGCACCGAUCGUCGUCAGUUGUGUAAUCGUCGACCACAACUAAAUUUUUCAGAUCCCUUCAGCUUGAGCUUCGUAACCAGUUAUUAUAAUAACGACGAUUACAAAAAAAAAAGCUUGCCAAUUAGCUCCGGUGUCAAACAUAUCAUUUCCACCACGCCGCGGAAUGAAACAGCCCGGCCAGGCAAACGACUAUCGAGGAACUAUAGUGUGCAGCAAAAACUUGAUGCCAUCAAACGGGUACGUGAGGGCAAAUCGAAAGCUGCCGUUGCACGCGACAUCGAUGCACCGGAAUCGACACUUCGCGGAUGGUGCAAAUCCGAGCAUAAGUUACAGAGCCAAGCCGGGAACUUGCGGAAUUUCGAACAGGAAGUAUCACCUUCCUCAAAUGAAAGUAAGAGAAGUUCGCCGUCCAGCUCGUCACCUUUUGUAUCAAAUAUGCCGGCGAAUGAUGUGAAUAUUGCUAUAUCGUUCACAGCGCCGACUGAACCCAGCCCGGCAGUAAAGCGGCUGCGAGUUGACAACGAGAUAACGCCUGCAAUCAACAUUGGGGCACAAGCAGCUCGCGUUGCACCAGUUACAACAUCAUCUGAUGUAGGCCUAAUCGAGAACGGCCUGCAGUAUACUAGGAACAACGGUGUGUUGACGAACAAUGCAACCAAGGAGAAACACAGUACUUCCUUUCUGAUGCCGGAUACACCAAGGAAUUCUAUAAGACAAAAUAGCUCAUCUCCGGCCAUGGAUUCUCCUGGGACUAGUAGAACGAAUUCCACUAGCCUUAUUAACGGAACACAGGCGGACCCAAGCAUUUCAAAAAAACACGAACUUCCAAAAAACGUGGAGCAGAUUACUGCAUCGUUGGGUCCAUUGCAGUAUUUGCAACCUGGACAGACUAGGAAUACGCAAUUAGAUGCCAUGUUGCUGCAGUGGAAUAUGGUACAACAACUUGCCAAUAUAAAUGCGUUGAGUACGCGCAAGUAUAAUCGGGAACUCCUGGACUACAUUUUCUACAACAACAACAACAACAAUCUUCAUCAAAAUAACAAUAAUCAGAGCAGCAACAAUACUGAAAAUGACAACGGUGUACAACCUCCUUCUGAACUGCAGGAAGCAAUAGAGCACGGUAACGUAUUCGUCAACUGGCUACAAAGCCGCGGAACACCCAUUAGCACGUUUGUUCAGGUAAACGAAAUAAAGAAGAUCCUUAGUAACAUGAAACAAAUGGCACAGAAUAGAGAAUAG